UAGAUUCCUGAUCUGGGCAAGACUACGGCGAGAUUAGGGUUCAAGCUCACCACUGGCACAUUGGAGUGUGAGCUCGUUGCUGGCGAGAUUUGGGUUUGUUGCUUCAAUGGAUAACCCAGAUCUGGGUUCUUGCGACUGAUUUUAGUGCCCAAACAUCUCUAGGUUCUCCUCUGCCAAACAUAGAGCCCUACAACAGAAGACCGACUCUUUCAUCUUCUUUCUUGCGGUGGUGCCAGGAUUGGUAAGUUUUUGUUUGGAUUUGUUUGAGAGGAGAAAUGGAAUAAUUUUGGGAGGUGGAAGAAACUGGUGGUAAAGAAUUGUGAACAAGAACAAAAGACAAAUGAGAAGAUUGAGAGGAAUUUAAUGGGGGUUUCACCAUGAUCAAUUGAUUAGCAUGGUCAAGCUUGUAUUGAUGAGGACAUAUUUGGAAAUGUCUUAAGCUAUUUGUUACAGGAUGUAAAUCCAUUUUUCAGGUAAAUCUCUACUGGAUUUUCUUUAGAUUACACUAUUUGGCUAUACAAACAGUUUUCAGUUGGUAGAAUACUGAGAUUAGUAGACAUGAUAUGUCAUGUGGUCUAGUCAUUGUUAGUUGUAUCUCAGGACACCAGGGAUUAAUAAAUGGUGGAGUCGCUGGAGUGUGUAGAAUUCAUAUUUUCUGUUUUGAGGGCAGAGGACUAAUAAUCAGUGAUUGCUAUAUUUUAUGUCUUGAGAUUUUAGGUGCUUAUAGAAUUGGUACUUUGAUAAUUGUAUAUAACUUAUCCAUCUUAAUUUAAGUCUCGUGAGUUUAAUUCAACAUGAUUGUCAUCAUUAUAGCAGUUCUGACUAUUAUGUUACACACUUCAUUUUGAUGGAUGAACAGCAGCUAAGUAUGCAUAUUCCAAUGACACAUUUUACUAUGUUCAAACAAGUUCAGGUUAUACCUUAUUUCCAAGAAUUUAAAGUUAACUAUCUAUUAUUUGUGACUUCCAAGAUGGAGAAAACAUAUGAGAUUUUCGUCCAAAACAAGAAAAAUCUUCUGCCUCCACCCCAUCUUCCAUUGGGAACUUUUGGACUGCAGUGUAAUAUUUCAGAAUUUUGAAGAAACCAACACUCAUAGUUCCUAGUGUCUGAUAUUUGGUAUAUGAAUCAGUGUUAGGGCUGUCAUUUGUUAAACAGGCAUUACUAGGUAGAAGAGCACCUGGCAUUUCCAAUCAUCUGUAGCUGUUCCUGUUCCAUCAGACACUAAUUGCAUCUGGCAUUAUCAAGAACAAACAUUCCUGAUGAUCCCUACAGUUGUUUCUGGCCUGAUUUUGAUGAAGAAGAGAAGGAUGAAGGAGGUGUUUCCUCCUCCUCUGAGGAAAUUCUGGAAGGAAUGGGAGCUCCGAGGAGCAGCUCUGUUCAGCCUUACACUCCAAAUAAUUCUCAUCUUAUCAGGCAACCGCAGGAAGUAUAAGUGUAGAACUCGGUAUAGAGUUAUAGUUUGGUUUGCCUAUAUGCUGGCUGACUCUGUAGCAACUAUUGCCCUUGGUAUUCUGUCAAAUGACCUAGGACAGGUAAAUGAAAAUGGAGGUAAUAUUGAGGUGGGUAAUGAGCUCAAAGCAUUCUGGGCACCCUUUUUCCUGCUGCAUUUAGGUGGUCCUGAUACAAUCACAGCCUACUCCUUAGAAGAUAAUGAGUUGUAUCUUAGGCACCUCUUCGGACUAAUAGUCCAGACAACUGCUGCAGUUUACAUCUUGAUUCUUGCCUGGACAAGUUCUCGUCUUUCUUACCUAUCCAUUGUAGUGAUAGUGGUGGGCAGCAUCAAGUAUGGGGAGAGAACAUGGGCCCUCUGGAAAUCAAGCAGGAACAAACUCCGAGAUACCAUCCUUACUGAUCCAGAUCCUGGCCCAAACUACCCCAAGUUUAUGGAAGAAUAUACCUUGAGAGAUGCAGAGGGGUUCUCAGUGGACAUAAUAGAGAUGAAGGAAGGUCAGGCUAACUUGGAUGUAACAGUGCCUAGAAAAACUGCUGAAAAGGAUGUACCAGCUGAAAAUGAACAUAAUUUAGUCAAAGCUCAUGCCUUAUUUCAGACAUUCAAGAGUUUGUUUGCAGAUCUAAUCCUUAGCUAUCAUGACCGGGACAGUAGCCAAGGUUUGUUCAAGGAAAUGUCUGAUGAAAAUGCUUUCAAUGUGAUUGAGAUUGAACUAGGAUUCAUGUAUGAUCUGGUGUACACAAAGGCACCGGUUAUUUAUACUCGCUGGGGUUUUGUUCGACGCUUCCUCACUUUCUUCCUCACCUGCGGAGUGUUUACGUCUUUUAUCCUUGAUGAUAAGUUCAGGCAUAACAGGACUGACUUUUGGGUCACUGUACUUUUGCUUGUUGUCGCGAUAUUCCUAGAGAUAUAUGCAGCCCUUAUCGUCCUUGCCUCAGAUCAAACCAGAGUUUGGUUAAUUAAGCAUGGGAUGACUAGCAUACGUUCUUUGGAAGAAUUGUUUAAGUGGUUUAAGGUGCAGAGGUGGUCAAAGAGAAUUGAGCAGUGUUUAAAGGUGCCGAGGUGGUCAAAGACUGUCGCACAGUAUAGUCUACUAUGGCCCAGCCUUAAAGAAAAACUUAGCCAUAAAAUUAUUGAAGAAUAUCGGUAUAAAGAAAUCAAUAAGUUUUCUGCGGAUUACAGGAAGCUGAUUUUUGACCAUGUCAGAAAGAAGUUUGUGCAAUUUGAGGAACAAAGGAAAGAACAGCAGGGGAGAAGUACAAGCAGUCUUGAGACAGCUCUUAGGGAGGUCUGCGGCCAAAGGGGAAAAGGCGUACUUGAUGAAUACAAGGAAAAGAUAGGUCAGGUUGACCUUGAAUGGAGUAUAAGUGUUGAAUUUGACCAAAGCAUCCUUAUCUGGCACAUGGCUACAGAAAUCUGCUACUAUUCUCCAGAAGACCUUUCUGAUGAAGUUAAAUUAAGUAGAGAUUUCAGUCUGCACAUGUCAAGAUACAUGUUGUAUCUCCUAGUCAUUUAUCCAUUCAUGUUGCCUGUAGGGAUUGGGCUUAUCAGGUUCCGUGAUACUCGUGCUGAGGCCAUGGAAUUUUUCAAGGAGCAACUGCCUACCACCACGGAUGGAGGCACAUAUUGCGCAGCUGCCCUCGCUGAACUUCGGAGAAAAAUAUGUUCCAGUGUAGUGGGCGUUGAAAAAAGAAGAAAAAAGGCUUGCAAGUCAUUGCUUGAAGUGAGAACAGACAUUCCUCCCAUCAAAGUCAAAGGCGAUAGAAGCAAAUCUGUGUUGUUUGAUGCUUGCAUGUUGGCAUCAAGGUUGAAAACUAUAUCAGAUCCAAACGUUAAAUGGGAUCUAAUGAGAGAUAUGUGGUUGGAGCUGCUAGCUUAUGCCGCUUGUCACUGUAAGGGUAGUCAGCAUGGUCAGCAGCUGAGAAGAGGUGGAGAACUUCUAACUCAUGUGUGGCUUCUUAUGGCUCAUUUUGGCCUCACUGAGCAGUUCCAGAUAUCUCAAGGCCAUGCAAGAGCUAGGCUGGUCACCAAAUAGUAGCAGACACAUGCAUCCUCUUUUAAAUUCUCAUUGAGAGAUCACAACUUCUUAUCAUCUGGACUGAGUUCUAGGUAAAUUGCUUUCUUCACAUUUUUCUGUUUCCCUUGAGUAUUAAUAUUGUUAAAUGCUAUAUGUAGAUUGAGGACCCGACUUGUGUUUCUGCAACUUACAUGUGUUGCUUUGUCUUUUGUUGUGAAGAAAGUUGAAACUGAGUGUUGUGAUUGUGAAGAAAAUUGAAACUGAUUG